AUGGCAGGCAUGGACGAUAUCUUCACCCACUUAGGUCCAUGGCACUACCCAGUCAUCAUCUUCUGCUUUCUGCGUGGCUUACCAACAGCGUAUCAUAUCAUGGCUCCAACGUUUAUUGCUCCGACCUUAGAACACUGGUGCGCCAAACCACCACAACUGAAGAACUGGACCGACGAAGAGUGGAUGCAGCAUGGAAUUCCACACACGGGAAAAGGAACCGGAAGUCAGGAGCUAAGCCGGUGCGAAAUGUUCGGCCUGGAAGAAGCGGAGGACGGUUCCUAUCGAAUACUGAACGAUACAAGGCUGCCUUGCUCGAGUUGGCACUAUGAGAUGGGAGACAACAUCAAUACACUCACCAACGAGUUUGACUUGGUGUGUGAACGCGUAUGGCUGCGAGCUGCAUCGCAGAGUAUUUUUAUGGCGGGACUCAUGGUUGGAAAUAUAAUAUUUGCACAUCUCUCGGAUUGGUACGGUCGCAAAAGGGCGUUGCUUUUUGCUUUACCUCUGCCACUCGCAUGCGGCGUUUUAACUGCCUUUUCGCCGAGCUACCUAGUCUACAACCUGGGACGUUUUGCCGCGUCCAUUGGAAUAGGAGGCCUGCAGAACAGCACGUUUACACUGAUAAUUGAAGUCAUCGCCACACGGCAUAGAGCGGUAGCCGCCCUGAUCUACACUUAUGGAUGGACUACGGGCCUGGUGACACUAACUGCUUUUGCGUGGUACAUCAGGAACUGGAUGCACCUUCAGCUCGUCAUCUCUCUCUUUUACAUCAUCCACAUUUCUGUCUUGUUUUUUCUGCCUGAAUCUCCUCGAUGGUUGUUAGCUACGAGAAACUACGGGAAAGCGGACAAAAUCCUCAAGUCUGCCAUCAGAAAGAACAAAGUAAAGGAUGUCGACGUGGACGACCUGAUAAAAAGCAUGCAAGAAAAAAUGGAACGGGAAAAAAUGUCCGCGAAACCUACUUUCGUUGAUCUCUUUCGUUACCGAUGUAUCCGAAGAACGACAUAUGUGAAAGCUGCUAUGGGGAUUCUCAGCACACUGCUUUCCUACAACCUCACAUACUCCAUCAUCCUCGUGGGUUCCAACCCGUUCGCGAGUUUCGCCCUCAUGGGCGCCAUGGGGUAUCCCGUGAAAAUUGUAUCUGUGUUCUUUACUAACUACCUAAAGAGAAGAACAUCGUACGGUAUAUUGUACAGUUACGCCUUCAUCUGCUCCUUGGCCGCCAUCUUUCUUCCAAGAGAUCCCUGGUGGCUGCAGGUGAUAUUCGUCCUUCAGGUGAAGCUUGGGUCAUCCUGCGCCUCCACAGUACUUUUUGUUCAGCGUUCCGAGCUCUAUCCGACGAAGGUCAGGACUCUGGCAACAGGCUUCAUGAUUAUGGCAUCCAGGGUCGGCGCCAUGACAGCUCCGUUCACAAAGGAAUCGGGUGUGAUCAUCGGACCGUGGGCUCCCAGAGUCGUGGAUUGUUGCACCUGCCUAUGCCUUCUAGUUUUGGGGCUCCUACUCCCAGAGACCUUCAAGCUCCCUCUUCCUGAUAAUAUUGAGGAUAUCAAGAGUAGAAGCCGCAAGUCAACUACCCCUGAAGCCGUGACGAUGCUGCGGAAUGGGCACUUUCCAGGACCUGAAAAUGAACAUCAAAUAGUGCGAGACAAUUAA